AUGCAUUAUGAGGUCGGACCUGAUUUGACUUUCAAGUAUUUCAGCGAAUGGCUGACCUUCAACCCUUCCUUUGCCGACAGACUCGGUUACAUCCCUGUCCCAGAAUGUCCCAAAGUGUACUUGCACGGCUUUGGAUUCCAACAAGGAAUGAAGUAUCAGUGCAUCAUAUCGAUGGGAACUCGGAUUGCGACUGCUAGGGCGAACUUUGUGAACACGACGAUAAUCGAGAUGAUCCCGCCGGAGUGGGACCUGGUGACUGAUUCGCAUCGAUAUGUAACCAACAAAACAAAUUUGACCUUGAGGAAGGCUUCCAUCUCUUCAGAAGCCGCGUUUUGGUCGGAUGUGUAUGGUGGGAACGGCUCAACGUUGCCAAACCGCACGGCUCUGUGGAUUGUGCAAAUAAACAAACGGCCAGCUUACGAUCUUGUGCAACGGAACUUGACGACUAUAGUUGCAAUAGAGAGCCAGGACAUGAUUAGGAUCGAGUUUGCAACCAACUUGAGGAGCGGGGUCGACGGCAAUCAGGAGCAGGUUCAGACUGAGAGAGACCAGAAGGUCACUUUCGAGGUCGCUAAAGGCUAUUCUCGAAUGUUUGAAGUUACUCCAAAGAUAGACACCAACGGAAUCCUGUCGUUCAAGGUCUGGCCUUAUUCCUUUGGUAAUACACGGAUCUGUGUCGUUCUGCGGGACGAUGGAGGCAAGCUUUUCGGAGGGAUCGACGCUACAGAACCGAGGUGUUUUGAUCUUAUCGUAAACCCCAAAUACCUGGGAGAUUUCUUUUCCUUCGCCCAGCCUUCGUUGGAGAUCUUGGAAAACUCUGGGAUACAAGUGUUGGAUCGAUUCUUGAUCAAGAGUCCCAUGGGCCUCUACAAAGAUAUUCUUCUCAACUUCUCUGCUGCAGGAGACAGUGACUUCUUCGAGACUGGACCUUUCGUCUCUGAGUUUGGAAGGUUGACGUUCAAGUGCUAUCCUUAUGUCUACGGCACCACCACCAUCUCUGUGUACCUCUCUUACUACAACUCUUCGGACGCACAAACGUACACGCACCACCAGGAUCUGGUGUUGAAUGUGACUGCGGUCAACAACCAGCCGUCAUUCACACUGAACGAGUCCAGGGCUCAUAUAGAAAUUAUCGAGAACGAAUGCAUUGCUGAACAAUGCAGUUUUUCCGAUCUAAUCGUGUCGAAGUAUUCGGGUCUGCAUGAUCUUAAAACAACCAGCCAAAUGUUUGACUGGGACGAAAGCGAUCAGAAAAUGACGUUCCAGUUCGAUCAUGUGUUGGACACUGUCUUCGAGAGUAUUCCUGUGAUGAGCAUCGAUGGAAAACUUUCUUUCAAGCUCCUUCCAAACGUUUUUGGCAACUUUACGUUGUCGUUGACCCUCAAAGAUGAUGGUGGUACGGAUCAUGGAGGCGUUGACACCUCGGACCCUCAACAGAUCACGAUCUCCAUCAAACCAAGGAACAAUCAGCCGACUUUCAAGAUUGCUCGAGCAACAUAUCACGUGGAUGCUCUUCAAGAAUCAAAAUAUCAGAGAAUUGCAUUGAUUGCGAGCCAGACCUGGAACACCAUCGUCCAUGCUGACCUGAACUCCAGUGGGUACCUCUCAUUAUGCCUCAAUUACCGAAAGCAUGGUACCGUGACAUUCCAAGUGUCCCUUCAAGACAACGGGGGAACCGCAAAUGGCGGGGUAGACACGAUCGGCCCCAUCUUCCUGACUAUCCGUGUAGAGCCUGUCAACCAGCCCCCCAGCUUCAAGGUGGCUGCCCUGGCUGACUUCGGGGCCAACGUCCUACACCUGUGGACAUCGAGCGGGCAGUCGACGGUAGAGGGCUUUCUCGUAGAUAUCCUCAACGGACAUGCCGACUCGAGCGGCAGUGACCUGGAGGCCGUACAGUCUCACACAUUCUACAUAGAGACAGACCUGGCCUACUUCGUUCAAGGGCCGAAGAUAGACGCCAACGGGACGCUGACGUUAGAGGUGAAGGCGGGGAUGAGCGGGGAGGUCAACAUGAGCAUCACGAUGGCGGACGACGGGCGGACGGACGACGGGACGGUGAACCCCGAGGACCCGGGGUGGAGGGGCCUCAACGUGACACAGAUCUGCAAGGUGGUGAUAUCAGACGGGUACCUGAAGCUGUCAGGGGCGGAGAUGCCGGGGAUGUACAACUGGAGCGAGCGGAUGGGAGACGCGAUGAACCUGUCUCGCUUCCUGGGAGUAGGCCGGGAGUACGUGAGGGACGGGGGGAGUGAGUACGAGGUGACCGUAGGUAGCGUGACGGGGCUGGUAGAGGCGUACAGGCGGGCGUAUGACGCGAUCGAGGGGAGGAGGUACGUGCUGCCGUCAGGGCGGGGCAUCGAGAACGUGACGCUGCGGCGACGCAACUACGGGCAGUCAGCGUCGCUGAAGGUGGCGGAGGCGGGGAUCACGGUGGUAGGGCUGGAGUACGACGCGAGGCAUCCGCUGGUGAGGGAGGGGUUCUUCUACGACAUUAUGGAGCCGGAGAACACGACGAUGGACCUGGACGGGAACUCGGUGAUCUCGUUGAGGGUAGAGGCGGUAAGGUACAAGCGAUAUCCAGAGGAGACGAGCUGGAGGGAGAAUGAGGGAGACGGGGGGCUAUUUGUGGAGGACAAGAACGUGAGUCGAGUAAGCACGAACUGCCAUCCAAUCUGUCGGAACGCGACGCUACGGCUGGUCCAGAAUCCCCUGGGUUUGAAUGGGGUGGUAGAGUUCGACAUUCUGUUGGAAGAUGCAAAGAACGGAAGUUUUACGGUGGAGGUGGUCUUAGUACUUAAAACUCCUGCUGUAGUGCAGAUGGUAGAAGACGAUGAAGAAUUCUUUCUGCAGUCAUUCAUCAACAUGAGCUUCAUCGGCAAUAUGACAGAUUUGACAGACUUUGCCCCCUUGACAUUCCAGACCAAUUUUACAAAUAGGAGUGCUCAAUACGGUUCGAACAGUUUCAGGAUCGAAUAUACGUUUCUCAAUCUUUCCUCUUCGUACUCUGUCGUAAUUUCGCCGCUGCCCAACCUCUUUGGACUUUUCUACAUGCAGACCUGUGUGUCCCGCACAGAAGCUCCUCUUAAGUCCAUCUGCUUUGAAUGGGAGCUGAACGUGAUCGGCGUGAACGAUCCUCCAGAGUUCAACCUCACCAAACGCUUCAUGUCCAACGAGGACGAGUUUUGUGUGAAUCAGUAUAAUUCUUCAGGACUAUUGGACAUCCCAGUCUCUCCAGGAAAUUCUUGGGAACAGAGCCAGCAGAUGACGUUUGUCUUCUCAUUUCUUUACGGCGAUAGCAACAUCUUCGAAGUUCCUCCUGCCAUACGCAUCGACAUGGACAAGGCUGUCCUCACGUACAAGACCCGCUGCUCUGGGCGAGGGCUUGCGAUCUACUCGGUGAUACUAGUUGACAACGGAGGUUGGAGCAAUGGAGGGAAGAACUCUACCUUGCCUCGGAACAUCUCCUUCUAUGUCCAGCCCAGAAACCGUCCUCCGACCUUCAUGUUCGGAGCGUCAGUGGUGACGCACGGACAAGUUAGUUUCUUGGACCUGCUGGAAGAUGAGCCAAGGACUCAGCUCGUCAACUUCACUCGCAACAUCGCGAGGGGUCUGCCUGAAGACAAACUGGAGAAGACUCAGUCCGUGAGCUUUCAAGUGCUCUUCCUCAACGGCAGCGAAUGGAUCUUUGGGCAAAACAACUUCCCAGCCAUCUCGAGCAACGGCUCCCUGUUCUUCAGGGUAUCGAGCAAUCGAUACGGUUACGUCUACGUGAACGUGAGGAUCCUCGAUGAUGGCGGUGAAGCUCGCGGCGGCAUCAACCGCUCAGACUGGAAACUCCUCAAGAUCUCAGUACUGCCAGUGAACGAUCGACCGACUUUCACGUUAGUCCUCAAUCGCGUCCGGGUGAAUGAGGCGGUAGACAGCAACACUUCUUCUGUUGUGCUCUCUUCCUUUGCCUUCGACAUCAGCCCCGGGCCCUACGAGCGGGACCAGCACGUCACUUUCCGUGUAGCAGCCGUCGCCUCUCGAGUCCCUUCCAGAGAGCCAUAUCCGUGGAGCUCAAUGGUGGGAAAUCUCUUCGGACAAGUGAAGCUAGCUGACGGCCAGCUGUUUGUGAGCGGAAGCAACAUUUUGAUCUCUAACUCGGGGACUCUUUCCUUGCAGCUCCUCCAGUAUCGAAACGGGGAAGCGAAUUUCUCGUGUUAUCUCAGUGACGACGGAGGCGUUGUCAACAACGGGUUCAAUCGAAGUCUGCCUCAGUCUCUUUCCCUCGUCGUUGAUCCAGUCAAUCAGCCACCGUCGUUCACCUUGACCUCACAUGUGCUCGAGCUGCAGGAAGGCUCUCAAGAGUUCUACAGAAACUUCGCAAAGAAUAUCAGCGCUGGGAUGUGGGACGAGAACAUUCAGAGCUUGACGUUUGUCAUCAAUACAAUCUUCGGCCCUCGACAACUCUUCCAAUCCUUCACGAUCGACUGCCAGGACUCUGCGACUUGUCCCAGCUCGACCGCCAAUCUGAGCAUACUGGUCCUCCCCUAUCACUUCGGGAACGUCACUCUCAACGUCUCACUCCAAGAUCCGUUCAAUGCAAUCCAGAGCGCCACGUUGGUUGUCAAUGUCCUGCCGGUGAACCAGCCUCCCUCCUUCCGAAUCCGCACAAGCAUGCUCAUAGUGGAUGAGGGAAGCUCUUGUAUCUCCGACUCCAGCGCCCUCUCAGACGAGUGGAUCGACUUCAUCAUGCAGCCUUCUCAAUCUGAUUGCCGCACAGCACCAGAUUUCCUCCACUUGCACUCUGGGCUGAUAUUCUACGACAUGGGACCCUUAGAGGGAGGUUAUGAAUUCGUCUGCCCGCCAGAAACAGCUUGCGAGGAACAGAUCCCUGUGUUCAACGUCACCUGCAUGGAUGUCUCCCCUCCUCUCUUCUCUGAGCAGCCUUCCGUCGACUCCAACGGCACCCUCAGGUUCUCUCUGGUCCCGAUCGCCAGCGGCAACGUAUCCUGCAUGAUUCAGAUGCGGGACUCCAACAUCCUGAUCGGACAGCCUAUCUUCGCUGAGGCCCAGGAGCUGCAGAUCUUUGUGACUCCGGUUAACAACAGGCCCCACUUUGAGCUGAUAGUGCACAACGUCACGGUGUUGGAAGACUCUCCGAAGUUUGACUUGAGAGUUGCCGACAACAUUUUUGCUGAUGGACAAAGCGGGCUGACUGAGACCAAUCAGAAGAUCUCGUUCAUCGUUUCCGUCGUUUCUCACCCCGAAAUCUUCUCUCCCAACGGCCUGCCGAGUGUGGAUGCGGGAGGAAAUCUGACGUUUGGCUUGGCGGCCAAUCAGUUCGGGACGAGCAACCUUAGCAUCACAGUGGUUGAUGACGGCGGUGGGCACAACGGCUUGCAAGGCAACACAAAGUACCUUGAAGUCAACGUUUUGCCUGUUAACAACCCUCCAACUUUUCAAGUAGUGGAGAACGUCUCUGUGGAUGAGAACUCAGGCUUUCAGCUGUUUUCAGUAGUUUCCAGCAUCACUCCUGGACCUGCCAACGAACAUUGCCUCCACCCUUCGACCUGGUGUCAGAAUCAGAGUUUGACCUUCUUUGUCAGAGACGUUAUGGGCAUCUCAAACCUCUUUUUGGAUCCUCCUACCAUCGAUCUCCAAGGCAGGCUGUCGCUGAACCUCACCACGUUCGAAAGUGGACCCGCCAAGAUUCUCUUCAAUGCUGUAGAUGACGGUGGUACGGUCCCAGGGGCAGGGGAGAAUCGUUCAAACACCGGCAUCAUCGAUGUCUCGGUGCUGCCCAUCAAUCAGCCUCCUGCGUUCAGCUGCGGGCUGAUAGGGAGCCAAGGGGAAGGGUCCAACAAUUCUCAGGCAGUGAUCUACUCUAGGAAGAACCAGGGAGUGGUCCUCCUCUCAAGCUUCAUCCAGGAUAUCACCACAGCCCGCGGCUUCCCUGGCAGGGCUGCGGUGGAGCAUGCCAGGGGUUCUAGCCAGCUCAGUUUCGUAGGCCCGAAUUUCACGUCAUGGUUCUCAGUGAGGGGGCUGGAGUACUCGUCAGACUUUGUGAUCAGCCCGGAUAAGAGGCACUUGUACUCUAUCGAGACUGAGAGAGACUCGCUCAUCAUCCUCAACAUCUCUCAGCCCCAUGGCCAGACGUUCCUCGAUCGCCUCUCUAACAACCAGAACCGCCUCCGCUUCACCAGGUUGUCCUCCAACACGUCGAAUCCUGUGAACAUCCAGGGCAACGUCGCCGUCUGCGGCAUCAACGGUUUCUCCAACUCGUCCGAGACAUUCUUCGUGUCGAGCACCGGCUGCGAUCCUUACUUUGACGUGUACCGCGAUAUCAUGCAGCCAGCCUCCUCCUCUUGCAGUCCUGCCUGCCAGGACGAGACAUCCAGGACAACCGUCGGGCUGUGGAACCUCAACUACGAGGCGAUGAAGGGGAGGAUGAACUCCAACUCUUUGGGAGCUGGGCUCAAGCUGGACUGCUCCGAUCCCCUCUAUUGUCAGUUCGAGAGGCCCGUGAACUCCGAGCUCUGCAACGAGAAGUACAAGAGUCAUAUCCAACCCGCCGGCAUCCGCGACCAGACGAGCUUCCUGGGGGCUGCGGUGCUCCUCGGACCGCUCUGCAAGGAGGGCUUCUCCGGUGACUGGGACCGAGCAGACUUCGCACUGUCGCUCAAGAACUUUCUGGUCAACGACGGGAGGGAGGAGGGUCUACAGUUUGAUGGAAAGCUGAACCCUGGGCUGGUGGUCUCGAAAGACAUCGACCAGCUCGUGGACGGAGUCCCGUCGAGCUCGAAACUUCCGCUAGAGGAGAUAAGCAUGGAGGUCUGGUUCAUCCUAGCGCAGAAAGACAUCAACCUUGGAGGCCUUAUGAGUAUCCAACAGCUCAGCCCCCUCUGCGCCAAGGGCUGGAGUUUGACCUACUCGACAAAGGUGACAGGAGGCCAGUCGGAGACCCAGCUAGUCUUCUCCAUCUCGCUGGAGGCGAACCUGGGCUCGGGUCAAGGAGGCAUGAUCAGCGUUGACUAUGCUGUUCAGGGGGAAGGUGUGUUCGUGGAUUGGACGCAGGUCGUGGCAUCAUACAACAGGUCUCACAUCCUGCUGCACGUCAACGGGCAGCUGGCUGCCUUGAAGGCAGCAUGCAACCAGGAAGACUGCGGCAACAUCGUCUACCCAGCGUCGUACAGCACCGGGGGGAGGUGCAAGGCAGGGGCCACCAUGUUCUCGAUAGGAGCGUAUCACAACGGCCGGACAGAAGAGACCUUCACCCAUGUGGGAGCGAUCAAGCGCGUCCGUGUCACCAAUCACUCGCUGUCGACCAGCACAAUCUCCCAGCUCUAUCAGGAUGCCUCUACCCCUGCGAGCCUGCGGCGGACAGCCAUGUACAGCUCUGACUACUGGGUGCAGCUCAAGAAUUCGUCGGGGAUUUACUCGCCAACUUCGACAUCCGCCAUGGUCGACGAGCAUCUGUCGCUGCAACUCUUCGGUCGCUUCGACUCUACGGGCAUCUACCGCCUCGAGUUCGAGGCCACGGCUGCCAACAUGAGCUCCGACAACUGCUCGCUGGGAGGCUCGGAGGCUGACGGCUUCUACCAGACCCUCAUCUGCUUCACUCCCUACUGGACCCUCGGGUACCGCUGGACCAACGUGUCGGUGAGCAAGAAGGUAGGGGGGGGGUGGUACCGACUGUGGCAGAAAGUCUGCAUCUCGAGCUUGUGCGGGUACUUGCCCAUCACUGCAAGGCCAACAAGUUGGUGGACAGACUCGCAGCGUCUGUUGCUCCCCGGGAUGACCGGAGCCAUGACUGACUUUCUCUUCUACACUCGAUCCCUAGUGUUUCUCCUCGAGAGCAGCAGUAAGAACCUUGUUUCCGCUCAAUUCUGCGCAUCUCCGAUCGUCAACGCCAGCGCAGGAGCAUGCGACGGUCUGGAUCAGCUUCCGACUGACAGAGUGAAAGGGUCAGCUUCCUCCAUCACCUUCUCUCGCAAUGGCAAUGCGUUCCUGGCCGUCGCCAACUUCUGGGAUGGUCGGGAAUUCCGAGUGACAAGCCCCAUCUUUCAGCUGGACGUGGCCAGCAGGCAGCUGCUCCCUCUGCAGGACGUCCAGACGGAUGGCGCCAGGCAGUGGCUGCACUUGGAGCUGAAUGGAACGGAUUUCUUGAUGGUGGCCAACUUCAACAGCGAGUCAGCGGUUUAUCCAUUCCAGGCCGAUAGCGAUCUCCUCGACGAGGCUUCCAUGGUCUCCAUCCCCACGAAGCAUGCUGCUGCCAUGACUCAGUUCGAGAGAUCGGGACGUUUGUUCGUCGCCUUUGCGUCCUUCACCUUCGAUGAGAUGACUUCGUCGGACGUCUACAUGCUCUCGUCUCCUGUUGGAACCUCAGACGUCUUCUUCACGCUGAUCAGCCAAGUCAACAUCACAAGAGCAGUGGACGUGAAGUACUUCCAAGACAACAACGAAUUAUACCUUAUCUAUGCGUCAUUGGAUGCUGGUGCUUCUGCUGUCUAUCGGUUGGACUUCUCCUCUCCUACUGACUUACAACUCGUUAAGGUUCAAGCUUUGCUGACUGCAGGUGUCACAUCCAUAACAACAUUCUACGACCCCAACGUCUACUGCACCCUGGCCAAGACCGAUGGAGUCUUGAGUGUGCUUCGAUGGAACGGGACCAGGUUCCUCGGGGUGGUGAAUGAGAAUACUCUCCCAGACGACGCUGCUGGGGGUCAAGACAUCUCCGCUGCUAACGUCUUCGCGUCUACCGUCGUGACUGCCCCGACGGGGCUCUACCUUUCCUGGAUGGGAGGGCACGGCCUGAGCUACCCGCUGCCCCUGGAGGUCUACGAGGGGUCACUAGAGCCGAUCCGAGAGAUGACUAGGCCCCUGCUAGUGGAGAUGUCCCCCGACGGUGACUUCCUCUACGUCGCUACUGAGACAUCGCGAGCCAUCCUGGCGUUCAGGAGGGACCAGCAGUCUGGCUACCUCCAUCGCCAUGAGGCAGGAGACUUCUUCAGCGAGUGGACGAAGAAUCAGAGCAUCCCGCGCCUCUUAGUCUCCUCUGUUGCCCUCGGCUUCCCUCUACGGGGCCUCAGCUCUAUGAUAGUUGAUACAGACAUGCUGUACGCGGCAAGUUUCCUUGACUCCUCCAUCGCCAUUUUCUCCAGGAACCCUGUCAACGGCUCCCUUGCACUGCUCGAUGUGAUCUUAGCGUCCUCGGCUCGAACUGGUCUCACAGGCCUCAAGGCGAUCUUUCUCAGCGGGUCGUUGCUGUACGCGGCCGGGAUCAAGGAUCAGGCCCUGUCGGUGUGGAGGAAGACAACCGAAGGCUCCCUGGCGUACGUCGAUCACAUCAGGAACGGCGAACGGAUCCCGAGCACGUACCAUGGAAACGUUCCGAGCCCCGAUGAACUGCAAAUCUACAACUUCGUUUCCGACAGCCUAUCGAACUUGACGUUCACAGGGCCACGGGAUGCCGCCAACUUCGCCUUCGACGGUCGCACAUUCCUCGCGCUUGCCUAUGCUCCCUUUGAGACUGAAUCUUCAGCCACUGACAAGUUCGCCGGGGUUGUGAUCCUUGCCUACGCCGACUCCUCCAUCCCCAAGUUCGACCUUGUCCAGCUGCUUCAGAGCUCGCAAGUGAAUCCCGGCUGCCUCGCUUUCUUUGAGACUCAGCAGGGUUCCUCCUUCUCACGCUUCCUCGUCGUGGGCAACAUGUUCUCCAACAUCCCUGGAAGGAGCGCAAGUGGCGUCGAAGUCUUCAAGUGGGACCAGGGACAGUUCAGCAGUGUUGGUGCCGUUGAGGACGAGACCAAGUACUACCCGAGCAGCUUGAAGGUCUUCCAGCAAGGGGACACGACCUUCCUGGCCGUGUCAGUGCUAUGGGAUGGAGACUCGUACCAGAUUCCUUCUCGUCUCUACCGGUGGAAUCCUUCAGCUGAAAAGUUCGAGCUGGUACAGCUGUUCCCCUUGUCCAACGCUCUCGACGUAGAAGUUGCGGCUAGCAACAACGAACUUCACAUCAUCUUCACUGCAGCGGAAUGCAGCAACAGGCUGUCCUGCCUCCAGUUCUACUCCCAGCCUUCUUCUGCUGCUCCCUUCCAGCGGACACAGCAGGUUCUCCUCGACGGGGCUGUCGACAGCACCACCUUGGAGAUCGACGGCGAGCUCUUCGUCGCCAUCGCCUGUCGUGAGUUUUUAUCUCGGCCGAGCGAGUCUCCGCUCGGCAAGUACGACGGGUCCUCGUAUGUCUACAAGUAUCACAGAGACGUCAAGACCUUUGAGCGCUAUCAGACGAUCAGCGGUCAGGACUUCCCGUGCAUCUUCGAGAGCGGGAUGGAGGCAGUAUGGCAGAAUUACUUCUGCAGCGACCAGUGCUCAUUCAGGGAGGGCUGGAGCUCCGACGUCCUCGAGCAGUUCCGAGGAGCUACGUCAGUCACUUCCUUCCGAUCGCAAGGAGAGUUGUACCUCGUUAUGGCACAGUCCGUGUGUGAGCUCAACGCCGACUGCUCCUCCAUCCAGCCGCAGUCUACCGUCCUGCAGUGGAACAAGCACGACAAGAAGUUUGGAGAGCUGCUUUCCCUCACCGACUUCGAGAGCAUCCGCCUCAAGGGCUAUCCUGUCGCUCCCCAGGACCUCACGCACCACCAGUUCCCCCUCCGGCUUGACAUCGGCCGAGCCCUGCGCGUCAAGUACGUGGAGUUUGCAGACGAACCUUACCUCUUGGCUCUCAGUCUCAGUAAGGGAACUCUCCUUACGCACUUCAAGUUCGAUCAGAUCUCGGGCCUCCAGAGCCCCUCCCUCAUCUCCUCCCUCCCUGACGAUCCCUUCCUCUACGUCGUCAACGAGCCGUACGGCCAAGUCUCGUCCUUCAGCAAGUGGGGCUAUCCCGAGAGCUCCUCCUACGACUUCAGCCACUGCCCGAGCUCGACCCGUCCUGCUUGCCUUGCGUUCGUCAAUUCGACUACCGUCAACAUGAACGCUCAGAUAUCAAAGUUUCCUCAGCAGAUCUCCGGCACGAAGCGAGUGUUCCUCGAGCGAGGCAGCUGCCUCUCCUCUACCAGCCAGUGCACCUUCAUCAACUUUCACGCUGCUAACAAGAGGAACGAGCUUCGUUGCGGGGCCCAGCCUAUCUACCCCUCAGAUGCCGUCGUCAACCCGAGAGACAGGGCUGCCUGUCAGUCUGUCGACUUCCACAUCGUCAAGGAACAGACUGCAGGCACGUCAGACUCGCUCAAGUUCGUUCCCGUAGUCUACGGCAACGGCAGCCUGCUUUUCGAAACUUCCUUCGGUCGUUUUGGAUCCAACAGCUACAAGAUCUUACUGAGAGACAGUGACAACUCCUCCUCCUCUGUCCUUGACCUCAAGAUCAUCAUCAACGACACCAACACAGCCCCGACCUUCGUCGCCUACGACAUCGUCAUGAAUGAGAUGUCCACAGGAAGCAGCGGCCUCGAGCUCGUCUUUGCCACCGGCGUCAGCGCAGGUUCCAACGAGACCAACCAGAACAUUACGUGGCUCUUCUCCUACAGCUCCCCACAGCUCUUCUCGCAGCAGCCCAUCCUCAGCUUCAGCAGAGAUCUCCUUGGAAACCUCCAGGGCAUCGUGAAGUUCCCAGCCAACACUGCCAUCAUGAAAGGCACGGCCGAUUUCUCCGUCAGGCUGGCUGACGAUGGUCCUUCAUCACUACUCACCGGGGACAGGAACGUGUCAGAUCCUGCUCGCUUCCUCCUCACCGUGCGCUCGCUCUACGUCCCCUCGUUCCAGCUCGUCAGGUCCACCCUCACUCUCGAGGCAGGGAGUACCUGGUCUGAGAGCCUCGUCAACAACAUCCGGACGAAGCCGUACGACACGACAGCGACUAAUUAUCACUUCCAGCUGCAGCCCAUCAGCAGCUCAGCAGGGCUGGCGACAGACAUCAUGAGCGCGGUCAGCUACUUCAACAUCAGCAAGUCAGGUGUCGGCAGUUUCUCCGUCCUCGCUGACGCCUGCGGCGUCUACCAGUCGAACAUCCUCCUGGUCGUUGACGAUGCAGAGCAGCCUCGCCCCCCGUCCUUCCUCAGACCCUUCGAGCUUGCGGUCACCUCGCAGUCUGUCGUGGAGCUGAGGCAGCCGGGGAGCCUGAAGGUGCUGCAGGGAAGCACUUUCAGCGCUAAAUGGUUCGAGUUCCUCACCGUCCGUGACUGCCAUCGCCUGAGCACCCGACCAGUCACUUACGCGCUGCAGUUUGACAACUCCGACAAGUUCCUUGAGACCCCGCAAACUCUCAGCGACGGGACCCUCAGCUUCCGCCUUGUCUCCACCUUCGUUGGCGUCAUCCGCCUCAACGUCACCAUGAGCUUUGACGCCUCCGUCACCGUCACCGUCCGCAACAACCACCUGCCCUUCGAGCUCUUCGUCGAGAGGAAGGCCGGACUACCCACCUUUGAGAUCUCUCAGACCCUAAUCAAGGUUGUCCAGAGCCAGUCUCCCCAGCUCGUCCCCGGCUACGUCAGAGUCCUGCCGUACCUCGUGCAGAACUGCAGCUUCUUCGUGAAUCUCGCCACCUCCAUCAGCAUGUUUGACGCGACGCCGCUGAUCGAUGCGGAGGGCAACCUUCGCUUCACCACCGGGCGGGACCAUGGCGACGUCGUUGUGUUUGUCAUCUUCAGGUUCGACGACGGAGUGGACCAGGUGUACGAGACAGCCAACGCCACCAUCUCCAUCAUCCCUCAGCCCCGCAUCCUCUCCAUCUUCCCCAGUCUCGUCCCCACUCGCGGGGCCAGCAUCACCAUCCGAGGAGAGAACUUUGCGGGAGCUCAGGAGUCCGUGGAUGUGUUUGUGGGAGGGAGAACCUGUCAGACCAUCCGUCAGCUCUCUCCAGCUGAGCUGACCUGCGUCGUCCCAGCUGGUUUCGGCAUGAUGAGCGUGUCCGUCAACAUCAGCAGCGAAAGUCUCUCGCGCUCCUCCCCGACCGUCUCGUCCAUCUACAUGGGCCACAUCGCCAUCGCAGGCUCGACCGCCGGCAACAUGCAGGCCCGAGGCCUCGUCGCUCUCGCUCCCUCCGCGACCAGGAGCGUGUGGCCUCUCAGUUUCCUUCCUUCAGCCCUCCGCCUCCCCGUCGACGCGUCUCACGGCGUGCGAGCGAUGGCUUCAUCUUCAGGAGCAGGAGGCGACCUGACCCUCUACCUCGGGGGCUCCUUCUCCAGCCUCGGGGGACUGCAAGUACAAAAUGUAGCAGGCUGGAAGGAGAAUCGAUCGUUCGCGCUGGGGCUUGGGGUCAACGGGGCUGUGUCAGACAUGUGCGUCGUCAAGGGGAGCCUCGUCGUCGUGGGCUCCUUCACCAAGGCGAUGAACCAGCAGGACGUGGUUGACUCUCCUUUCAUCGCCUCCUGGGACGGCAGCCGGUGGAUGCCCUUCGGCGAUGGCUCGCUGGUCUUCGUGGGCGGGAGGAUCGAGAAGAUCGGCGACAUGGCGGUCGGUCGAGUCGCCAAGUUCUCGUUCCUGGAGGGCAGCUGGAGUGUCCUCGGCAACGGGACCGGACUGAGAGGAGGCAACGUGCACGCUAUGGUGGAGAUGGACGGGGCUGUGCUGAUAGGAGGAAGCUUCACCGCUGCUGGACAGCUUACCUCCGGCAAGCUCGUGGCCUGGAGGAGGACGAGGUUUGAGGCGCUGGGGGAGAUAGGAGGAGACGUGUACUCGCUGGCGGUGGUGGGGACAAGUCUGUUCCUCGGAGGAAACUUCUUGUCCAUCAACGGGGUCAGCAUAGAGCGCGUCGCUCGCUACCAGAACGGUCGCUUCUUCGCCCUUGACCCCGUGAGAGACGGUACCGUCAUGAGCAUCGCUUUCGCUGAUGGCUGCAUCUACGCGGGUGGGACCUUCACUGGGAGUUUGGCCGCGUGGUGCAAGCGAGAGGGAACAACCUGGACGGGCGAGAACGUGACAAGCUUCCCGGAGCUCGGACCAGUCUACAAGGUCAUCCCUAUCCUUCAGAGCUGA